GAUACAUACAUAAGUCGGUGGGGAUUCAUACGCAACGCAACGCGAUGCGAGACGAGACGACAAAGAGACGAACCCAACUGCUGCAACUGCUGACUGGCGUCUGCCAUGAUGUCUGGGAACGCACAUAUGCAAAAGGGAGCGAGGAGAUGUGCACAGAUGUGAGGGGGGAUCACAGAGUUGGAGCAGGCGCACGAGAGACCAAGCGAGGUGCACGACCUCAAUCGUAUACGCCCAGGCAGCAGCGACAACAACGACGACAACGACGGCAACGACGACAGCAUCCAGUGUCGACUGGCAGCGUAUCUUCCUGCCCCAAUCCGCCAUGUCUGGCUGCUGUCUGGGCUGAUGGCCAUGUUGCAAUUUCGGGAGACUGGGAACUCGCAGUCAGGAGCUGGAGCAUUGCCGAAAAUAAGCAGGCAAGCGAGUGAGGGAAGCCAGAUACCCAAAUAACUCGUACACAUUGGGGAGAGAGACAACUAGGUGUGUUCCAGCAGACAGACAAGAGUAUAUUGACUUGAUUACAGAUGCUGAUCAGGAACAUAUAUACUAUAGAAAGUUGCAGAUAAAGCCUUUAGGUCUGUUACGCUAUCUUAAUUUUUAAAGUUCAAGGU